AUCCUGGCCUUAAUUUCUCCUAUUAUCUUUGUUUGGGACGCGUAAACACCGCGUGAAUAUUCACAAAAAAAGAUUAACCAAAGCAGUGACUAAAACAUUGGGAAAGUAUAAGAAAAUGAAGAAGACACCAUUCAAUACUCCUCAGGGAAAUCGUUCUGGUAUAAGUAAAUCAGGAUCGGACUGGACAUCAUACGACCCUUAUAACAACAGAGGUUAUGGCCAAAAAAAUAUGUCCUGCCCUGUUUACGCUUCCACUUCGAGUGGGGAAACCAGUACUAGUGAUUAUAUACCAUUUACUAGUACUCCGUCGAGCUAUCAGUGCAGAAACAGCAGUCCAACUGCUCACCAUAAUAGAAAGCAGAUGACGAAUCUUUAUGGAGGUCGGGGCGGACGCAAUAAGACUCCAAGAAUUUAUAAUGAUCACCGAAGUUCCAGGGGAAGCUGGAACCCAUUUUCCCCUUAUGAUAAUCGAAGAGAUCACCAUCGAAUCAUUGGCAAUCAAUAUCGCUCUUGAACCCUUCGCCGGAAUUAUUCCUCAUUUUUGCUUCCGAAUGGAAGCACUGCAAUCGUCUGAUCCCGACCAAAAAAAAUCUAAUUUUGCUUGGAAACGAUGUAGAAUGAUCUGCAAGGAUCAUAGUCACGAAUUGGCCAUGAUGAGAAGGAAGCCUAUAGCUGAGAUAAUUAAUCUAUCAUUAAUUCUCGAAGAUCCCUGGAGAAAAUUGAUAAAUAAUUCGAGGAACUAUACUGCAGAACGGGAGAAGAGUGAAAGCAAUCUGUUGAUUACACCGGAAAAAGUUGAUAUUCCGUUGCAAGAUGGACUUCAUAAGGACAAUCGACACAAUGAGAGCUCCACUGAAGGCCAUUGGAGACUCCGAUAAUUAAUGAUUCAGUAGAUAAUUACAGAAUGAAUACCUAUGACCUUAUUAUCCAAUGUAUAAUUCACAUGGCUGUGAAGAAUUAUGUACGUAAUGUGCAAUUUUGUGAGAAUAUUUUUGUGGAGCGAUAAAAUAUUACGUAUAAAUAACGAGUUAUAUUGAUACACACCUAAUUACAGAAUCUACUCAAUAUUAAUAAUGGCACUGGUCAAAGGGACUCAAACAGAAUUGCUUCUUUUUUAAUGUUUGUCAGCUGUAUUUUAUGGACUUGUGGAGUAGAUAGAAUAUAUUUUCUGGCUUGACCAAUAGACUACUUGCACUAUGCAAGGCACCGAGAUUGGUAAAGCCAUUUAUUUCCAAUUUA